GGGCUGAGAACAACCGAGCUGCCGCCUCUCCCGGGGUCCCCCCGGAGCUGCGUGCCCGGGGAGGGGGCUCAGCGCGGCCCCGGGCCCCGGGCCGGGCUGGGGGGGCGCCCCGGGAGGCUGCGGGACGGACUACAGGUCCCGGCAUGCCCGGCCUCGCUCCGCACCUGCCCGGGGAGCGGCUUUUGUUCGCGGCGGGGCCGCGGGAGCGAUGGGCGAGGGCCCCGCGGCCGCCUCCGCGCCGGGAGCAGCGAGCGCGCAGCGGCACCGGCCGGAGAAGGGACUCUGCCUCCUGCCAGCACCUCUCCGGGGGGUCAGGGAGGAAGGUGUGUCCCCCCAUGGCAGCCGGCUCCCCCACGUAACGCCAGCCAAACUGGACACCGCGGGCCCGCAAGAGACGCCCCCCGGCCAGCGCCCACCUGCCCACUGCCUCCUGUCCGGCCCGGCCUCGCCGCUCGCUGCCCUGCCCCACGCUGACCCCGUGCCCCCGGCUGCGGGCAGACGUCGCGAUGCCGCCACCAUCACCGACCUGUGCAGCGGUGGCGAUGUCCCCGAGGUGGAGAUCAUCAGCCUGCUGGGCGAGCAGCUGCCCCGCUACAAGCUGCGGGCGGACACUGUCUUCGGCUACGACCACGACGACUGGCUGCGAGCCCCCCCUGCCCCCCCGGAGCCCGCAGCCCCCCUCACCCCCAAGCAGAUCGCGGAGACCCUGCAGUACUUCCUCCUGUGCACCGAGCGGGCCGUCAGGAUCACCAAGACCUACCACGACAUCGAUGCCGUCACCAACCUGCUGGAUGAGAAAGAGCGGGACCUGGAGCUGGCGGCGCGCAUCGGGCAGUCCCUGCUGAAGCAGAACCGGAGCCUGACGGAGCGCAACGAGCUGCUGGAGGAGCAGCUGGAGUUGGCCAAAGAGGAGAUCGCGCAGCUGCGCCACGAGGUCUCCAUGCGGGACGACUUGCUCCACUUCUACACCACCACCACGGAGGAGAGCGAGCCCACCUCGGCCACCGCCACGCCGCUGCGGCGGCAGGAGUCGUCCUCGUCCCUGCAGCAGUUCUUCCAGUACGACACCUUGCAGCAGAAACUCAAGUGCCUGGAGGAGGAGAACCAGAAGCUUCGCUUGGAGGCCACCAACAUUGCAAUCGAGACCUGCCAGUACGAGGACCAGGAGCACCAGCUGAUGAUCGACUGCGUGGAGCAGUUCUCUGAAGCUAGCCAGCAGGUCGUCUGCCUCUCCGACGAGCUGGCCCGCAAGGCGGAGGACACGGUGCGGCAGCAGGAGGAGAUCAGCCAGCUCCUGGCGCAGGUGGUGGACCUGCAGCAGAAGUGCCGCGCGGUGAGUGGCCCUGUCCCCUGCCCUGUCCCCUGCCCGGUGCUGGGGGGGGGGGGGGGGGGGGCGGGCCCGGCCCCCCCCCCCCCACCCCUGCAGCUGCGGGACCUGCAGGAGAAGUACACCGAGUGUGGUGGGAUGCUGCAGGAAGCCCAGGAGGAGGUGAAGAGCCUGCGCAGCCGCAGCUUCCCCAACAGCACCGUCAGCCGCUACGGCGCGCCCAGCCUGCUGCCCCUGGACUCUCUGGCAGCUGAGAUCAAGGGGACGAUGAGGAAGGGGACAGACGGCUCCUCCUCGGACUACAAGAGCUACCUGCGCGUCUUCGAGACGGUGAAAGCGGUGAACCAGGCGGCCAAAGCCAAGUCGUGCUCCGAGUCUCCCCUGAACGUGCCCAGCUCCAAGCAGAUGUCGGCCGCCCCGUCCGGGGGGGGCAACACCCCCCCCGCCGGCCUCUGUGGCUCAGAGGGCACCCGGGGCGAGGGGUCCGGCGAGGAGCCCCGGGGGGCUGCCCCGGGCCGGCGGGACCUGGAGGCGGCGGUGCAGCGGCUGUCGGCGCGGCAGCAGAGCCAUGCCUCGGAGGAGCGCUCCUUCUUCGAGGCCGAGCGGGAGCGCAAGCUGUGGAGGCUGCGGGACGGGGAGGGCUCCAGCGGCUUCCUCACCCCCAGCGAGAGCGUCCUGUCCACCGGCACCAACCACUCGGGGGGCUCGGAGCUGACCACCGGCUCCGGCUUCUCCCUCGGUUCCCUCACCUACCUGCCCGACAAGCUGCAGAUCGUGAAACCCCUGGAAGGCUCGGUGACGCUCCACCACUGGCAGCAGCUGGCACGGCCCAACCUGGGGGGGAUCCUGGUGCCCCGUCCCGGGGUGCUCACCAAAGACUUCAGGCAGCUGGACAUCGACCUGGAGGAGGUGUACAGCCUCACCGACCUGGAGGAGGACGAGGUGGAGGCUGCCUCCUUCCAGCUGCUCCCUACCUCCACACCCGCCAAAGCCAAGGAGCGCCCCGGGGUGUUCCUCUCCGCUAACAACCUCCCCCAGACCCCAUCUACCUUCACCAUCACCACCUGCCACAUCUUCCACCCCACCACCGAGAUCACCACGGUGACACCCAGUCUGUAUAACGCCGUCGUGCCUUCUUGUGGGCCCAUUGAGAGGCUGAACCUCUGCACCCCCCCACCAGCGCUGCCCAGCCCCGGACCCCCCAGCACCCCCCUGGGACUCGUCAGGCUCCUGCUCGUGCGGGGCAUCUCUGCCUCGGUGCCCUCAGCUGCAUCCUGGUGGCCCCCCUCCCUCCCUGCCCAGGACCCCCGGUGCUCCCUGCAGCCCUUCCCUGGGGCUGGGGGCCAGCAGCGACCCUCGCCCCCCAGCAGCAUCUUCAGCUUGAACCUGGUGGAGAAGCUGCGCCGCCUGGGGCUGGAUAAGGUGGUGGCCAGAGGGGAGCUGUCCUACGCACGAGGGGAGCACAGGGGAGGCCGGGACCCGCCGACGUGAUGGCGCAGCAGAGCCUGCAAGCUUGGGAUGAGAUGAGAUGUGUCCUCCUCCUCUUCAUCUUCAUCCAUGGGGCACAGAGGUGGGACAGG